CGUCGUCAUCGACCACACGCGCGCGUGGCACGACGUGAGAUGGUGGCGAUUCCGCUGUUCAAGGUCGGCGGGCUCCUGCUGCGGACGCUAACCAAACCGGUGGCAAAGGCGCUCAAGACGCGAGCGAAGACACAUCCAUGGUUGAACACAGUGUGCAACACAGUGGGGCAACACCAGAACCGAGCGUUGCUCAAGAUUCAAAUGAGCGUUCAAGGCCAAAUCAACACACGAUCAGUGCAGAUCAAAGAGCUGCCGGUCGACCAAGCCGUAGAAAAAGGGGCAGAAUUCCUCGGGGAAGUGCUUAUCUUUGGCGUGGCGGUCGCAGUCGCCGCGUACGAGUACGACCGCAGCAGUAAGAGCGGCAAGGAGAAAGAACGGACAGCAAACGAGCGUGAGUUCCAGAAACAACUCGAGGUCGAUAUGCGAUUCCGACGACUCGAACAUCAAAUGAGAGCGAUGGACGACCAGCUCAAUCUCCUCAAGUCGCAGCUCGACUCGGCCUCGGCCGCCAUCGUUCGAAUUCAAGACGAGCGAGACCUCGCCAUGGCGCAGAGCCAGCAAUCGCGGUGGCUGCGAUGGUCUUAGCGUCUCAUUCUCUUCAUAGAUUGUUCAGAUACGACUCUCACGUACAUUCACAAGAUGUUCUUCCCA